AUGAUGUUCUGCUCCACCCUCCCAUCCACGCCUUCCCACCACCACCAGAAAGUACUUGACCCACCGCCGUCCACCGUCAACGCCACUAACUUCAACACCGUACUCGAACUCAAACAAAUACACGCACUUCUCGUCAAAACCCAAAGCCAUCACUCUCUCCCUCUCACUCGCGUCGUUCUAAUCUGCGCCCUCACCAACCAUUUUUCUUACGCUCACAAAAUCCUCCGCCUCUCACCAAACUCCCAAGAACUCUUUCCAUGGAACUUCUGCCUCAAACAUUUUGCCGAAGGGGAGUCCACUCACGACGCCAUCACUCUCUUCCGUCGCCUCCGCCAAAUGGGUACUCCAAUCCCUGACCACUUCAUGUGUUCCUUCGUUCUCAAAGCCUGUACUCGUGUUUCCGACAUUCAAACUGGGAGAAUCAUUCAUGCCUUCGCGGUGAAGCUUGGGUUAACAGCUAAUUUGGUUUUGCAAAAUAUGAUUGUGCAUUUGUAUGCAGUUUGCGGGGAGAUGAGUGAUGCGCGCCUUGUGUUCGAUAAAAUGCCUCAGCGAGACGUUGUUACUUGGAGCAUAAUGAUAAGUCAGUUGGUUAAGGCGGGUGACUUCCGUGGCGCUUAUGGUUUGUUUUGUGUGAUGCCGGAGAGGAAUGUGAAGACAUGGACGUCCAUGAUUUCGGGGUUUGUCCGGUGUGGGAAGUCGGAGGAAGCUGUAGGGUUGUUCUUGGAGAUGGAGAGGGAAGGUUUGAUGCCAAAUGAGGUGACCGUGGUGGCAGCUUUAGCGGCUUGUGCUGAUUUGGGUGACUUGGAGCUUGGCAAGAGUGUUCACCAGUUCGCAGAUCGGAGUGUCAUGGGAAUGUACAUGUUUGUAACACACUGA